UCCCAUGGGUGUCCUUCUUACGAUUUCAUACACAGAAUUAACGAGAGUGAGUUAUUUAACGUAAAACGAAUAAAGGAGUAGUAAGCAUUAUUCAUCGCCAAAGUUGAACAUCUUCCAAACAAGUUUCUCAUCGUAAGAAAAAGUUUAUUGAUCUGUAAUUUUUUGUGCUUUGUACGAAAUAGACGAUCGUAGGCUUAAAGUGCAUGAUUAAUGUGUGUGAUCGCGAAUACCUAUCUAAUCGUUUUCAGAUUCAUGAAAAACUUACCAUAGAAUUACCAAAUUGAAGUAUGAGGAAAAGAACAUCCACAGGAAACAUAGCAAUUGGUGUAUUCGUCGUAGGUGCCCUGCUUACAAUCUUAGCAUUUUUUUCCAGAAGUUGGUUAGUUAGUGAUUAUCGAAUUACAGGUGCUGCUUUCAACCGUCUCGGAUUAUGGCACCAUUGUUUUCGAUCCUUAGCUGAUCCAAACGACGAAUAUGGACGACGAUUUUUCGCUGGAUGUAGAUGGAUUUUCGAUCCAUUUACCACCGGAUACGAUCAAAUUCGUGGAUAUUUAGUACCUACUUUUAUGAUAGUGACACAAUUCUUCUAUACGAUCGCAUUCCUCGCUGUAUUGGCAUCUUCAGUCGGUGUAUUAAUUUUCUUCUUAUGUUGUACCCCCGAUGAAGACAGGUUCACUCUGUUAACCAAAGCUCUCGGAUUUACUCUCAUCGGAGCUGGCUGUAGCGCAGCCCUAGCAGUUUUAGUUUUCGGUCUAUACGGUAAUCGAGAUAAUUGGAUGCCCGGACAUGAUAAUAACUUCUUCGGAUGGUCGUUCGGUGUUGCCAUAGCCAGCGUAUUCGCUCUGCUGGCCUCCGGUAUUUUAUUCUUGACUGAAACUCGUAUACAAGAGAAGAAAGAGAAAUAUGCGAAAGAAUCUCAAAGUCGAUUCGAAAUGGAUCAAGAGACAAAAGCCUAAAUUUUAAGCUCACUUUAUGUUGUAUUUGUGUAAUUACGUAAUAUUUUCCGUCCACUCGGUUGUGUACAUUUUCAGCGUUAUUUUUCGUCCUUUUUUUUAUUUUUUUAAAUUUGAUUUUGUACCACUUUUAUUUUACUUAAGUGUAUUUUUUUCAUUCCACCGAUUUUUUUUUCAUAAGUGUACGUUAUUAAGCCCCCGAAAGGAUUAUGCUGUCUUCCAAAUGUCACUUUCACUUAACAAGACAUUAUUUUUUAAGACUUGAAAUUUGCCAUAUAUUGUAACAGUAUUAUUUUAUAUGGAAUCUCAUCAUUUCGUCACAAAGGGCAUAUUUACCCCAAAUUUUAGCAAUUUCUCAUUUUUUAAGACUGCGGAUUCGUUUUCGCUGUAAGUUUAAUCUAGAUCUGGUAUCUUUUAUGUUGUGUUCUGGAAGCAUUAUAGACUUUUAAGUUGUGAGUUGCAUGAAAAUAUUUUUUUAAAGUCUGUGACUCGUGUUAUUUUCACUCGAUUUUUCUCACAACGAAUUUUUCUCUAUAUCAAUAUGUGUUUGUAAUUCUGUAUUCAUUAUCCAAAUUGUAUUUCAUUUCCAAAUGAAUUUUUACUAUGUUUUAGAAUGGACUUUUCUUUCGUUGUAAAUUUUUGUACCUACCUACCUGUUAAUUGAAAGCAAUAAUACAAUACAAUAAAUGUUCCGCCUUUA